CCUGCCGUUCCGGAACGCCCCAAGCGACCAAAUGGCGGCGGCUCCAGUCGGUCCCCUUGUCGCCAUGGAAGUCCCCAUCGCCACCGGAGAGGGGAUCAAGUGGAUUGACGUAACUGUCCCCUCAUCAGCCCCUUCGCCGCCUCCGGACUCGGUGGUCGGUACCGCUCCCGCGAUACGCCAUAAAGCUGCAUCCUGCAAUGUGGUCUCCGGAAAUCCACCUGCCUACCUCUUCUGGAGAAUUCAUGAAAACCUCCCGAACAUUCUAGAGGUUGUUGAAAUCUUUGCCUGUAAUGAACAUCCGGAGACUGGGCUGCAUCUUGUCUUCCAUGAAGUGCUCCAUAAUUUUGCAUUUCUGUGUAAAAAUGAGGCUGCAGAAGGAGAUGCAUACUUGCUUUAUGUGCUGACCGUUUCGGGAACUGCAUAUCUCCUUAAUUUGAAAAGGCCUUUCAAUUUUUUAUCUGGUUCAAUUUUCCCGCAGAGCGAGCUUAUAGAAUUUAGCGUGCAAAAUAAUGCACUGGAUGGAAAGGUUACAGCUGUCGCUGCAACACCAGGAUGCCUCUUAAUUGGGCGUCAGGAUGGUUCAGUUGGCUGUUAUCAACUUGGAGCUCUUGAUCCCAGCAAACCAGGAUUCAUGUAUGAGCUACGAGAUGAUGACAGACUUGGCCGCUUAUGGAAUCUCAUGUCUAGGGUAAAGGCUGUAGGGGCUGUACAAGAUAUGGUAAUAUCUGAAGUUUGCACUAGAAAAUUACUCUUUGUGCUUCAUUCUGACGGGAUCAUGCGUUCAUGGGAUCUUUUUAGUCAUGCAAGGGUGCUUAAUCAUAGUUUGAGCUCAAGUGAACUGACAGGAACUACUCCCUCUCGCUUAUGGGUUGGUUGUGCUAAUUAUGACACCAACGUUAUUACUUUAGCGGUUUUACAUGUUUCUGAUAUUGAGGUAAUCACUGUUUAUAACUUUGGCAUUAAUGUUGGAGAGAAGAACAUUUUAUCACCGGAGCCCUUGUUGAAAACAAUUCUUCUGGAUAAGGGAAGACUUGUUGACCUGAAAAUUAGUUCAGAGAAACUUUGGAUUCUUAAAGAAGAUGGAUCAUUGUUUUACGAGUUAUCUGAUUAUGAUUAUAAAGUGGAACAUGCAUCUAAUUAUGGUUUGCAAGAAGACUUUAUUGCUGACCAGCUUUUUCAAAGCUCUGAACAUGCUUUAGAUGAUCUUGUUUGGACCAACAUUUCCAUAUUUUCUGCAAUGAAGGAGGUUGUUCAAUUUGUAUCUUCCAUAUUCUUGCAAAGAUUGCUUCAACCUGGGAUUUGUCAUAAUGCUGCUUUACGUGCUAUGCUUCUUGAUCAGAGGAAGUACCUUUCUGAUUUUGAGUUUCAGUCUUUCUCUUCUGCUGACUUAAGAAAAGAGGUUUUCACAGUUGUGAAUGCUGAGUUAAAUUCUGCAAAUUCAAGUUCAGUGGUCUGCUGCUGGAAGGAUUUUUGCACUCGUUAUUUUCGGUACUGGUGUCAGUAUAAUGUGCCGUAUGGAUUGUUCUUUGAUACUUCAAACAACGUACUUGGUUUGAUCAGGAAAAAUUCCUUCUCACUUUUCCGUUCUUUGGAAGGAAUUGAGAAGCUUAUUUAUGGUUCUUCUGAUGAAUUUCAUGAAUUGAAAAGUGGGUUGCUUUUACCCACAGACAAUGUUGAGAGUGAAAUGCUUUAUGAAAUUCUUAGAUGCACGAGUCACAUAAAUCAUCAGAUAGGAAGAGCUGCUUCUGCUGUUUUCUAUGAAUCUUUUUUUGUGCCCUCAAUAUCAACUGAAGACGUCAUUUUUCACUUGCUCAAGAUCCUGGAAACUGGAUACUAUCCAUUGCUGUCAGCGCAGGCUGGUGAAGAUGCUACUUCUGAAAAGAGGCAAUCUGCUCAUAGAAGCUUGAGGAACUUUUCAGUGGAUAUGUUGCUCUCUUUUCAUGCUUUGCAUUCUAGGGCUACAAACUGGGCUGGAGUGUUAGAUGUUUUUGAAAAAUACCUUGAGUAUUUGAAACCACAUAGAAGCAGCCAGAAGUCCGAGUCCGAAGGAAAUUGCAGUGUCAAUUUUUUCUUGUUGGUUCAGGCUACUUCACAAGUCGCGAGGGUGAUGUUUGAGACAGCUUUCGAUGUACUUUUGCUUCUUGGCUAUUUGAUCAAUGCUAGUGGGCAGGUCUCAAUGAUGCAAGGUGAUAUUACCAGAAUAAAAGCUAAAUUGAUUCCCGCGGCUCUUGAAAUACUAACACAAUGGCUGGUUCUCCACUUUAUGGCAACCACUUCAACUAGUCCUUCAGUUGUGGAUGAUUUCAGCUCCCGUCUCUCUUUGUUGCAGAUAGGUAGCAAAGCUGACAAAAGACAGUGGGAUGGAAAGCUCUCUUCGUCUGGCUGUACAUUGGCUCUUUUGCUUGGUUUUCCAUGCUUCUCUGAAGGUGAAACAAACUUUUUAAAAUCAUUUUUGAGUACCGACAAGCUCAUCCAGUCUGUUUGGAAGUUUACCAGCUUGGUUGUGCGGGGAGUUUCUGGUAAUGAGUCUUCAAUCGCAUCUAUACCCAUUAUCGAGUUAGCUUCCCUUCUGCUUAGACAUGGACAGUAUGAAGCCGCUGAGAAUCUAUUUCUUAUACUAGAUGCCUAUUCUAAUAAGGCAAAGGUGUCCUUAAGUUCUUGGCAUGGCGAUAGUGGCUUGUGCAAGCGUCUUCAUCUUUUGGGGUUUUGCUUACUUAUGCGAGCGCAUUCUGAAGUAGAUGGAGAACUGAAGAAGCAUAAAAUUCUUGAAGCCGUUCGCUCUCUCUUCAGAGCUGCAUCUUUCCCUGAAGCGUCACAAUCUUUGCAAAAUCUCUAUGCGGAAACAGGUUUCUUAUAUUCUGGUGAAUCUGAAUCUACAGCUUUGUGGAGGCUUCAUUAUUAUCAAUGGGCAAUGCUUAUAUUUGAUCAACAUGCUAUGAGUGAGGGCGCUUGUCAAUUUGCUCUUGCUGCUUUAGAACAAGCUGAUGAAAUUAUUGCACUGAAUGAUGGCAAUAUGGAUGAUGAAUUUACUCCUGAACUUGCCUCUACAAUCCGUGGCCAAUUGUGGGCAAAUGUCUUCAAGUUUUGUUUGGAUCUCAAGAAUUAUAGGGAUGCUUAUUGUGCCAUAGUUUCUAACCCAGACGAGGAUAGCAAAUAUAUAUGUCUUAGGCGGUUUGUCAUCGUUCUCUGUGAGCAUGGUGCCACCAAGGUUCUCUGUGAUGGCAAGUUACCUUUUGUCGGAAUGACUGAGAAGGUUGAGCAGGAGUUGUUUUGGAAGGCUGAGCGUUCUGAUAUUUUUGCAAGGCCAAAUCUUUACAAAUUGCUUUAUUCGUUUCAAGCAUAUCGUAACAACUGGAGAAAGGCUGCUAGCUACAUUUACCAAUAUUCAGUUAGAUUAAAGAAUGAAGUAAUUACUGAUGACACAGGAAAGUUUUCUACAGCCCUCCAAGAGAGAUUAGAAGGAUUAUCUGCAGCGAUCAAUGCACUGCAACUUGUCGAUCAUGCAUCUGCCUGGAUUGACUCAAAAUACGUGGAUAGCUUUUCUACUGGUCAAGGUUUACGACAUAAAAGAGCUCGAAAUGUCCUUGCAGAAAAAUCUGCUUUUAGUGAUGAAUUUGAAUCUGAGAGGCUACAAUACAAUGUUGAUAUCAAAAUGCUUGAAAAAGAGUAUGUACUAACCUCAGCCCAGUAUUUGCUGUCUCAUGUGAAGGAUAAGAUUAAUUUUUCAGGGAAUCAGAAACUUUCACAUUUAGUGGAUAUUUUAAUCAAAGAAAAUUUUUAUGACAUGGCUUUCAUAGUUAUUCUCACAUUUUGGAAGGGCUCUACAUUAAAUAGGGAACUCGAGCAAGCUUUUAUUGCUCUCUCAGAAAAAUUUUUCUCGGGAGGAAUGGUUUCUUCAGCUUUAGGGAGCAUUGGAAAAGGAAACAACUUUUUGCUGCCAUCACCUGAUGAUUUAAGGCAUACUGAUGGGAGAAUUGAUUCGAGUUCUAUUAUCAAUUUUAACUCGAGUUCUAUGAUCAAUCAAAUAGAUGGAAAUGGUCACUGGGAAACGCUUCAAUUCUAUCUUGAGAAAUAUAAGAAGAUACACCAGAGAUUGCCUGUUGUUGUAGCUGAAACGCUUCUGUAUGGUGAUCCUCAGAUUGAGCUGCCAUUUUGGCUCGUGAAUAUGUUCAAGGCUGGACGAAAGGCAAGCUCUUGGGGUAUGACAGGUCAGCAGCCAGAUCCUGCUACACUAUUCCGACUGUACAUAGAUUAUGGUCGGCUUGCUGAAGCUACAAAUCUACUGCUUGAGUACCUUGAAUCUUUUGCAACUCUGAGUGCUGCCGAUGCAAUCAAAAGGAAGAAGAUGUCCGCCAUCUGGUUUCCUUACGCUGCAAUUGAACGCCUCUGGUGUCAGCUUCAGGAGUUGUGUAGUGCUGGUCAUAUGGUCGGGCAGUGUGAUAAGCUUAAAAGUCUUCUACAGGGAGCUUUGUUAAACCACCUAAAACAGGUAAAGGUGGACUCAGAGGAUGUUGUGGCCUCUGCAGCUGCGUCGUGAUCUCCCUUGCUCAAACUGCUAGGGGUGAAUUUGUCUAGGGUCAUUUUUUAUAGUUAUUAUUGUUGUAAAAUAAUUUUGUGUUAUUUCAUAUUUUUUAGUACACGAGUCUGAUCACCAUGCACCAGAGUUUAUUAGUAGCUAUCUUUUCGCUAUUAAAAAUCUGUUUUUGUUGGCAAUUAAUAUUAUGUUGUGGUUAUAAAUUUUAUUGGUCUGUCUUACAGUGAUGCUCAAUUGGUUCCCUAUCCAUACAGACUAAAUUUUGCAAAGUAAAAAAAAGCAGAAAAGAAUGCGCAAAGGAGCUGUAUUUCACUUUGUGGCCGGUUCCGGCAAGAUCGAGACUAAUUU